CUUUUCUGGCCGAGGGCUGCUUUAGUAAAUCAGCAGCAUGAAUCCAGCAGCUGCAUUUCCCCGCAUCUGCCACUAGGACUCCGUCUGACUCACUGCUCCCAUAGAAAACCCCUGCCAUUUCCAGGAUUUCCCCCUCCCAGGCAAUUAAUAACGUUUAAUUAAAGCCCUUAGAAGGACGUCAAAAUAACCAGAAAAGAGGCAGCAAUUCUAGGCUACUGGUCGAGAAACCUGUGCAGCUUUCGCCCUUGUUCUGCAGCCCUGUGGUUUCCGGAUCCCGGCACAAUGGCUGUAAGUGGCUUUACAUGAAGACAUAUAAUCGCUUCUUAAUAUGCGACUGGACUGAGCGGACCUUAUAAAAAACUAACCAAUAAACUUGGCACCAGGAACACGUCGCGCUAUUGAUCAAGAGGACAAGGACAUCUAGUAUAAUGAAGACCUGAAAUUCAUUGGAGGAGACCACUGAUGAAUAUUUUGCACCCUUGUGUUGGUUUAUUGGACAAAGAAGAGAUAAUCGGCUUAUCUUCUUGACACUGAAUCAUGACAGUGGCUCGCACUUUCCUCUCCACCUUUUAACUUCUUGUAAACCUUAAACAUUUUUCAAAAGCAGUUAUCAAAAAUGACAAGUCUGUUUCGUAGGAGCAACAGCAAUGGAAGCUCAAGGAGUAGCUCCUCUGCCCAGGAACUUAACAACAGUAGGUCUGGUAGACCUGUGCGUAGGCUGGAAUUUAACCAGGCUAUGGAGGAUUUUAAGACUAUGUUUCCCAAUAUGGAGUAUGACAUAAUUGAGUGCGUACUGAGAGCAAACAAUGGAGCUGUUGAUGCUACGAUUGAUCAGUUGCUGCAGAUGAACCUGGAUGAAAUUGGAUAUGAUGACAGCUCAGACUCAGAUGAUAGUAUCCCUCCAGAGAUUUUGGAAAGAACUCUAGAACCAGACAGUUCAGAUGAAGAACCCCCUCCAGUAUAUUCCCCUCCUACUUAUAAUAUGCAUCCAGUUGACAUAUCACAUCCACAAACUCCACCUACCCCUCCACCAAGGACUGAUGUGCAAAAUUCCAGCAUCUCUCAGGUACACAGACGGUACAGACACUGGAACCCCCCUUUGUUAGGAAGUCUGCCGGAUGAUUUUCUACGUAUCUUACCCCAGCAAAUGGAUAGUGUUCAGAGUUCACAAAGUGAUCUUUCGGCAUUACGCUGUGAAGAAACUAAAAAGGAGCUGAACACCAUACACCAGGAAAUGAAACUAAAACAAUACUUGGAAGAUGAACGGAUUGCUCUUUUCUUACAAAAUGAGGAGUUUAUGAGGGAACUUCAAAGAAACAGAGAAUUUCUUAUUGCUCUAGAAAGGGAUCGUUUGAAAUACGAGUCCAAAAAAUCUAAGUCUAGCACUACUCUGGCCAGUAAUGAUUUCAGCCUUUGCCCUUCAAUUUCAGCUGACGAACUCCAAGCCAUUUCUGGAAGCUGUGAAUCUAACAGUACUGUAUCUGAAGAUGCCUUAUUUAGGGAUAAACUGAAGCACAUGGGCAAAUCUACCAGGAAGAAAUUGUUUGAAAUCGCUAGAGCCUUUUCAGAGAAGACAAAGAUGAGGAAAUCAAAGAGGAAACACUUAUUGAGGCAUCAGACCCUUGGACCAGCUGCAUCCACAGCCAACUUGCUGGAUGAUGUUGAAGGUCAUUCGUGUGAUGAAGAUGCCCAAUCGAGAAUAAAACCGCAAAACCGUGAAGAAAAUGAAAUGACGAAAGAAGGCCCACUAAAGAAGUCCUAGAUCUCAUCAACCAUGAUAAAAAAAAACAAUAAUAAAGAAGACAGAUAUUCACCUUUGUUAGCUAUCCGUCUGUGUGCUGCAGUUUAGUUUUGAAAAAUAACACAAGGCACAAUUUUUUAAUCACUUAUUUUACUAUUGAUAACUGUAGCCAAAUCUUGGAGAAAUUUUAGUAAUUGUACUGCUUUAAAUAGAAGUGUACAUUUGGCACAAAUGAUUUACCUAGUAAGUUUGUUCUUAAAAUGCCUUUGAUUGUAGUAUUAUAUUAUUUUUUUUUUGUAAGAUCAAAAAGGAAGUUGUAAUCCUUCUUUAUUACAAGUAACCAAAGUAAAUGGAUUGCUGUAAACUACAGUAGAAUUUUACUUUGUGUUUUUUUGUUUGUUUUUUUAACAAGAAUUGUUUAAUUUUAGUAAAUUGUAUAAUUAUAAUGAAUUAAAACUGUGGGCAAGUAAACACUAGAUCACAGUGCUUAAUGUAAUUUUUACUGUGCUAUAAGUUACAUAUAUUUCUAUAAAUAUAGGUCAGUUUGUUUUAGGAUUCCAUAUCUUGGUGCUGAAAUGACAAAUAUAGAUUCCAUGUACACACAAGUCAGUACAGGCCUCUCUCAAAUUAAAGUGCUCUUAAAGGCUCACUAUACCCAAACAUUUUCUUUCAUGAUUAAGGUAGAGAAUAUAAAUUUAAACAACAUUCCAAUUUAAUUCUAUUACCUAAUUUGCUUUAUUCUUUAGAUAUACUUUAAUGAAGAAAUAGCAAUGCACACAGUGAACCAAUCACAGGAGGCAUCUAUGUGCAGCUACCAAUCAGCAGCUACUAAGCAUAUCUAGAUAUGCUUUUCAGUAAAGAAUAUCAAGAGAAUGAAGCAAAAUAGAUAAUAGAAGUAAAUUAGAAAGUUGUUUAUAAUUUUAUGCUCUUUCUAAACCAUGAAAGAAAAAAUUUGGGUUUCAUGUCCCUUUAAGAAGUCUGUAUUGCAGAUGAAGCAGAUGUAAUGUGCUGCUGAGAGAAAAGCGUAGGAUUGAAGCAAAUGUAUUGUUGUAAUUCUCACUGGUUUGUAGUCCUAAGUCAGCUUUGAUUAACUUACUAUAGAGAAAAUGAGUGUUAAAAAAAAAAAUCUUAAUAUUUUCUUGCUUAUUAUAAAAUUAUGAUUUAUAGACACAUUCAAAUCAAACAUUUGAAUACAUUUUACAUAUUAAAGGGAUAUGAAACCCCAAAAUUUUCUCUCAUGAUUUAGAUAGAACGUGUUAUUUUAAACAACUUUCUAAUUUACUUCUAUUAUCAAUUUUUCUUCAUUCUCUUGGUUUCUUUUGUUGAAAAUCAGGGAUGUAAGCUUAGGAGCCAGCCCAUUUCUGUAAUCCAUUUGCAAGAGCACUAAAUGGCAGCGCUAUUUCCUGCCAUGCAGUGCUCCAGAUGCCAACCUAGGUAUCUCUUCAACACAGAAUAUCAUGGGAACGAAGCAAAUUUGAUAAAAUAAGUCAAUUGGAAACCUUUUUAAAAUAAUAUGCAUUGUCUGAAUCACAAAAUAACAUUUUGGGGUUUUAUAUCCCUUUAAGUUAAUAUAUGUCCCAUUAUGUAAGAUUUACUUCUGUUUAGCAAAAAUAGACUCAUGCCAUGGGCACAGUUUCUGCAGGACUUAAAGGUAUGCAGUUUUAAACAACUUUCCAGUUUACUUCAAGUUGUGCAAGUUUUUUUAUAUGCACACUUUCCGAGGCACCAACUGCUACUGAAAAUGUGCAAGAGUUCACAGUAAAUAUGUAUCUGGGUUGGCUGAUGGCUGUCACAUGGUAUAGGGGACAGGGGAAUGAAAGGACACUUUGAAAUGUAUUCGACAAAAAUGCUCAUUUGAAAUUAAAAAUAAUUUUAAAAGACCAUUAAAGUUAAAAUUUAAGUUUCAUUAUUCAGAUAAAGCAAAUAAUUAAAAAAAAAACUUUCAAAUACAGUUCUGUUAUAAAAAUGUGCACAUUCUUUUUAUAUGCACUCUUUCUAACGCUCCAGCUCCUACUGAGCAUGUGCAAAAGUGCACAGUAUAUAUGUACUGUGUGAUUGGCUGAUGGCUGUCACAUGAUACAGGGGGAGGGGAAAUUUGAUUUUCGGGAAAUUUGCCAGAAAAUAUUCUACCGUUCAUUUCAAUUUCAAAGCAUAUUCUUUUUAUUGUGUAUUUGUCAGUUAAUCAAUUAUACUGCAUUUAGAGGUCCUUUAAUAUUUUGAUUAUGCAGUUCUACCAUAUGUGGUCUUUUAAUAGUGAGUUUGUUUAGUCAUAAGUGUUUGUUUACAGCAUUUUUUUGAACUUUUUGUUGGCUAUUUUAAAACAUUAGCAUCCUAUAAUUACCUUAUACAUCCAUUUAUUUCCUUAUAACAAUUUAAUUACAGACACCACACUGUAAUUCAAUUAACUUUCAUUAAAAGGGAGCAAUCCUGAGCAUUACAUUAGAGCGUUUACAUUAGAUAUGAAUUUCUGGGAUAUUUUUAAAUUUGUAUAAUUUAUUUAUUGAAUUUAAAGCAUGACAGGUUGCAUAGCGAUCAUUUGGGAUUAGUUUAAGAUAAUUGCGUUGGCUUAUGAAUUGCAUCCUCUUAAAGGCACUUUAAAGAUUUUUAUACAAGCAUAGUAUAUACAGUAUAUUUGUACUUAAUCUACAUACAUAAUAAAUGUUUUAAAGGUAAUUAAAACUGUAAUUUUCUUAGCAUAAUUUACAUUGUUUUGAGGUGCAUAAGCCUUUUUUUUCUUUUUUUUUUAAAAUCUGUUUUACUGGUACCAAUUAGGAACAGAUAAAUAUGAGCUCCUGCACUGAAGUAGGGUCAGGAUUUUUGGUCUUUUGUCUUUCUGUAUGCUUUGGAAAAGCAAUACAUUUUAUAGUUCAAUUGCAUAAAAAAAAUAACGUAUAGGUCAUACGUUAUAAGUUAUACGUAUAACGUAUAAAAAAAUAAUAUAUAAGUAUAUUACAAAGUUUUUUCAGUAAUGUGGCGUUAAAGGGACAUUAAAUACUAUAUAAAUGCUGGACAGAAUUAUGUUUUAAAACAUUAGCCUGGGAAUAAUAUGGAUAUAUAUUUUUGUAAAAUUGUAUUAGUUGUUAACAUAUUGAAAAAAAAUGUCAAGUUUUAUAGUCUAUAAAGCAAUGAGCACAGCCAUUUUGUAACCUAGGCGUCCUUUUCUACUGAGGCCAAUUAAAGGCAGAUAUAAAUGGGUCAUUAGAGUGAUCAGUUAAUGACUGUGUGAGGCUGCACUUCAACUUUUAACAGAAAUUAGAAAGCAUACAAUUUUCAGAUAUAUUAAAGUAAAAAGCAAUUUUUUAAAACUCUAUAAAAUUAAACAUUUUUUUUUUAUUAGGUGUUUAAUGUCUCUCAGUAGUCCUUUACUAUUAAAAUAGUUCAGUAUUAAAUGCCCUUGCAAACAAACAUUUAAACAGAAGAAGCAUGAGGAAGUUCAUAGUGGGCUAGGGUUGCCAACUUUUCUUGAAAAAAAAGGGGAAUUUAGGAAUCAACAAAAUUUCACACAGGAAAUUGUCAAACUAUACAGUAGUUAGUAGUAGUAGUGUGUGUCUGUGUAUAUUUUCUUCCGUAUGUGUGUUUAUGUGUGUUGGUUUAGGAGAGGGUGGUGUUAAGAAAAAAAAAAAAGGCUAGUUUAGCUGUUUUUAACAAUAAAUCAGUGCCUCUAAUGUGCCUCAGAUAACCAUCUGUGAGUGUACUUUGCUGCUUUUUGGUAAGACAGCUUUUGUGCAUCAGUUUGAUUCAACAUAUCCACCAAUCAUUGUCCACACUGAAUGCUUUACAAUUGACUCCUGGCACAUCUAAGUGCCAAUAUCAACGUUUUAUUAUGCUACAUAUGUUGCAGUGGUGUUGUAAUGAUAGAUCAUCAUGACAUACUGAGAAUGAGCAUGAAGAGUAAAAGGAUCGCGCUACUCGUGUCCCCAAAACGCCCUAAAACACAGUAGUUCCCUGGACUCAUCACCUGGACCCUAACAUGUUUUGCCGCUUGUCGGCUUUGUCAGUGCUCUGUAGUGGUUCUCUCACACCACAAUGUAUCUUACGAAUUGGACAUAUAACCAGCCUAGAAUGAGCCAAAAUAAUUUUUGUGACAUAUAUUACUAUUACGCUGCUCCAUCCCCAAACGCAGCUUUUAAGUCAUACCCUGGUUUUAAUUCAAUUGUAAUAAAGGUUAUAUUUUAUUUUUAUUUCUUUGUACCUAUCCCCACUGGUGGAAGACAGUUUCCCUCUAUAGGAUGUCCUUUACUUAAGUAUCACUGAAGACUCAGGAGUGCUAUAAGUGUAUACUGUUGGAGGAUAUCCUUCCUCUAGUGUUUUGCAUAAUAUUACUAAUAUACACAGCACCAUUCAAUGAACCCACUGUAAUUUCACAGUGGUAUUCAAUUAGUUGGCAGUAGUCUCAAACAGUGUUAGUAGUGCCAUUGGACUCUCUUUUUCUUUAAUAGGUACAAGAUAAUCACAGAGGUAAAAAGUGUAUUAAUAUUACUGUGUUGGUUAUGCAAAACUAGGGAAUGUGUAAUAAAGGAAUUAUUUAUCUUUUAAAACAAUAAAUAUUCUGGUGUAGACUGUCCCUUUAAGUUGAUGGAUAUUUUUAUCAGUUAUUUUUCAGGCACUCUCUCAAGGAUGAAUUUUGCUUGUUGGAUGACCUCAAAAGAAAUAGAAAAAACAUCCAUAGUUUGUUACUGUGGAUAAUAUAUAAAUGUGAAAUCCGAGCAGAAUAGUACUCAACUGUACAAGAUCUACUAUGGCUCUAAGUUGUGCGCUCAGUAAAAUUGAUUCAAUCAUAUGCAGGGGAUUCCAAUUAUUUUAUUAAAACAAAGCCUAUUAAAAUUAAUUGAAAACAAUAAACAUUAUAGUGCAAUAGUAGUCUUUAUAAGUCAUUUUUGGGUUAGUAUAUUUCAUCGUCCUUUCACAGUCUAUACCAAUGUGGCCAGUGUUUGUGUGUAGGGAAAGGCAAACCCCUCCUUGUGACGAUGUGCCGAUGUACAUUUCACCUUUUGGGCUUUGUCAAGGAGAAAUGGCUAUUUGAACUAAGCUGUUUGACUGUUAUUUCUUUAAGACCUGCAAAAAUUGUGAUGUAUGAGACAAUAUUUCUACUUGCCAUUUGGAAACCAACUAUUUUUAAUAAUAGUCUUUUGUGUAGUAUUGCCUAUAUUCUUACUAUGAAAGACUUCUGGGUUAGUUAUGCCCUUCCUCAUAAGAAGAUGCAACUUAGAUUCCAACACACUUAGAAGAAGUUUCACCAUGAUAGCAUCUUUAGUUCUAUAUUUAAUCUUUAUUUUUAACUUUGACCUGAACCUUAAAAAUAUUGACCCUUGCCUAGUUUCCAUUGAGGUGGUAAAGUCUGGAAACUGGUGGUAACAUAAAAAGUCUCCAUAGACUUUAAUGGAGAUAAAUAUUUUAACCACCAGUUUCCAAACGUUACCACCUCAAUGGAAACUAUGCCCAUGUCGGUAAAAAACCGACUGGUUGGCAAAGCUAACAACUCAUAGUGUAUGCAUAUGGUUAGUAUGAAUCUUAAUUGUGAGAUAUUAUUUUUCUGUGGAGGUUUUGUUGCCUUAUAUUAUUGUUGUUUUUAUUGUUUUAUUUUGUUUAAGUUUUUCCUAUCACCUCAAAAAAUAGCAUUCUGUAGGUAUGAUAUGUUUCUUAAUGCAGUAUUAAGCCAUCUUAGCUGAAUACACAAUGGUGAAGGAUAAUAUUUUGUAUUUUAGUUUUUUUUUUUUUUUUUUUUUUUAAAAAGGUUGUUUAUGCAUAUGCACAUCUUUUAUUUAUUGUUAAUGAAGUAAAUACUGAAAAUCAAGCAUUAAAUAUUAACAAAGUAUUAAAGUAUGUUUAAGCAAAACAAGACCUGUAUUCAUAAUGUUUUUCACAACUCAUGUGUUAAUGUCACAAGUUAAUGCCAAUAAAGUUGGAAAAGGGGAGCAAAAAAAAAUAAAAAAAAAUGAACAGUUUGCUGGCUGCAUGCUGUAGUUGUAAUAUAAGAAUAUAAAUAUUAUUCUAUUAAUGGGUAACAGUGUCCUGUGUUUAAUGUCCAAGAAAAUAUCUUUAAUAAAAGUCAGUAUUUAUAUAAGCUCAA